AUGCCUAAGCGCAAGCUCUCCGAGUUCAACGGUCCAUCGCGACUCGACACCCGCAAAUUGUCAAUCAAAGCCGUCCGGCUCACAACCAUAUUCGAACAAGGCGUACAAAUCCUAGCAAAAGGCCUGAAAACCGCGCGCGGCUUCGAGAGACAAAAACUCAGCCGGCGUGAGAAGACUGCCAAGGCUGAUGGUAAUGCUGCGACAUUGGCGCGACUGGCGGAGGAAGUGGACGCAUUGAAGGCAAUCGACUACCCAAAGACAGCAGAGCGAUAUCUCUUCAAACAACUCGCCAAAACCAAGCGGAUUGCCGAAUCACCGACUUUCAAAGAAUUCCAAGAAGCCAAGAAUGUAUCGACUGAGGGACCGAAGAGCGCUGCCGAAUCCAAUGUCCAUGGUAGGCUGUUCAAGUCCACGCCCGUGAAGAACGUGAUGCCCGAAAUUAUAAAUGGAAUCCGAAAAUUGUUGGGAGUUGAAGACGCGCCUGCCGGGAAGACGGACAAGGCUGGUGCUAAGAAGGAUGCGCCUAAGAAAGAGAAAUCUACCAGUAAACAGGCCGAUGUUUCCGGGUCAGAAGAUGAGGAAGCGGCACCGAAGAAACCAAGGAAAUCUUCGAAAGACAACGCUGAGGAGCUAGAGUCUGCUGACGGCCAAGACUUGAGCGUAUCUGGCGACGAGGACAUCGACAGCGACGACCUCGCACAUUUCGACGCCCGCCUAGCCCCAGGGUCAGAUUCCGACGAUGAGUCAGGGUCAGACGAUGAUAUUGAGAAUGCGCACAAGCAAGAUCUGGGAGACGACAUCUCAGACUCAAUCUCCCGCUCUCCCUCCCCAGACUUCUCUGCCGAGGACUCACCACCCUCCAAAAAGGUCAAAGCAGCCAAGGGGUCUAAGGAGCCAGCGCAAAGCACCACAUUCCUUCCCUCGCUUAUGAUGGGUGGUUACUGGUCUGGCUCUGAGGAGGCCACCGACGACGAAGGAGCCGCCGGCCCACCCAAGCGUAAGAACCGUAUGGGUCAACAAGCCCGCCGAGCGCUCUGGGAAAAGAAGUAUGGUGCGAAAGCAAACCACGUCCAGGAGGAGCAAAGGAAACAGAAAUGGAGUAGGGAUAGUGGAUGGGAUACGCGCAAGGGAGCGACGGGUGGUGAUCGUGAUAGGCGGGGAGGCGAUCGUGGUGGAAGAGGUGGCUUUGGUGCAGGGCGGUCUCAGAAUCGUUAUGAUGACCGCUCGGGCGCUGGACAUGGCCAUGCCAACAAGCCUAGGAACCCUCCUCAAGAUACUGGACCAUUGCACCCGUCGUGGGAGGCAAAGCGGAAGCUCAAGGAGCAGGCGUCUACGGCGACGUUCCAAGGAAAGAAGGUUGUUUUCGAUUAG